GACCAAACCAGGAUAUCUGAAGAGGGUUUGUUUACGUCUCCUUUGACUCCUUCUGUUUUUGAUCUGAAAUGGAGCUCUUUCUGCAGGGCCCUAUUUUAAACCUCUCCAAUCUCUCCCACAACACCAGCGCACCACUUAACGCCACUUGGAAUAACACCAACGACCCACUCUCUGAACUGAACCUCUUUGAAAUUCUGGGUCCAAAACGAUCUCCCUUCUUCCUCCCUGUGACCAUCGUUUACCUCUUCAUCUUUCUCGUUGGCUUGUUUGGAAAUCUGCUAACAUGUGCAGUGAUUGCAAAACACAAAAAGAUGCGAAACCCCACAAACUUCUACCUGUUGAGCCUGGCUAUGUCGGACCUCUUGGUGCUUUUAUUCGGGAUGCCCCUGGAAAUCUACGACCUGUGGCAGAACUACCCGUUCCCGUUUGGUGAGGGCGGCUGUUACUUCAAGACUUUCCUCUUUGAGACGGUGUGCUUCGCCUCGAUACUCAACGUCACCGCUCUGAGCGUGGAGAGGUACAUCGCUGUGGUGCACCCGCUCAAAACUCGCUACCUGUCCACUAACCAGCAUGCCAAGCGGGUCAUCACUAUUGUGUGGCUUGUGUCAAUGAUCUGUGCCAUCCCAAACACCUCAUUGCACGGUGUCUUCUACCUACCUGAAAAUAUGGAGGAGUCAGCCAUUUGCACCAUCCUGAAGCCUCUUUGGAUCUAUAACAUGGUCAUGCAGAUCACCACUGUGUGCUUCUUUUUUGCCCCAAUGAUGGUGAUUAGCAUCCUGUACCUUGUCAUGGGUCUACACUUGAGCAGAGAAAGGCGGCAACCAGGCGGGAACCUUGGAAAGAGCUGUGGCAGCUUCACCCGUAAGAAGAGCAGCGUGAUCGGGCGAAGACGGCAGGUCAACAAAAUGCUCUCGAUUGUGGUGGCCGUGUUUGGAAUCUGCUGGGCGCCUUUCCACAUCGAGCGUCUCCUGUGGAGUUCAAUCAGCCAGUGGACCGAUUUGAUGCACAACAUUUAUCAGUACGUCCACAUCCUGUCCGGCGUCUUCUUCUACCUCAGCUCAGCGGUCAACCCCAUCAUCUACAGCCUGCUCUCCACGCGCUUCAGAGAGUGUUUCAGAGAGCUGGUGUGCUCUCACACAGAGGACAGCAGCUCUGUCAGAGACUCGCCGCCAUUCCCUAAGGUAUUACUGGAUUCCUCUGUGUCAGGCUCCCGGUGUCAGAGUGAGGGUAAGCACUCGAAUGCUGCCAUCCCUCUGCUGUCUCCUAACAUGACACUGCGAAUGGACUCUACGAUCCUCACAUGUGCAUGUAAAGAGGCCUCCUUCAGGACCUCUGUGUUCUGA